AUGUCGAGCCGCUCAAUCCGCAAACCACGGCGAGUCCCAGAGCCCGAGAUCGUGAACCACGAUGUCUCCAUGCUUCAAGCAACUGCAGCAGCAUCACGGGCAAUGCGUGGAAGGGAUAGGUCGUCCCAAGAGUCAAAGACCUCAUACGAUCGUCUGGGUGGUCCUGCGAACAUCGCCAUUCCUCGAAGACGCCCCGGAUCAAGCCUUCGGUAUGCAGAGAAUGGGACUCAGGGAAGCUUCCCAGCAUUUGCAACCCCACUUCAAUCUACAGAAAGAGGCAGUGGAGUUUGCCAGGCUUCGCGGGGCGAUGAUUCUGCUGUUCUUCCACCGAUCACAGAGUUCAAGGGUCUUGAUGGGCGCAACAGCUCUGUUCCUUCUUCAUAUCGUCGGCUGCGCAAAGCCAAAUCAAUGUUCUCGACCAGGCAGCGAACUUCACGGACCCCGUAUGGAGUGCCAGCACUCCCCUGUGGUGAUCCCUCCGAUCCUGAACGGAGUCCCGGGUUUCACCUGCCACGAACAAUGAGACGCACGAUGUCAUUCCUGAACGGAAGUGGUCAAUUACAAGCUGACCAAGAUGCCAAGAUCCACGAUGAAUCUCUUCGCCUGGCCCGAAGCCAAUUCAACCUCGAGUUCGAGGACGUGGGAAUCCAGACUCGUCGGUCGUCCUUCUUGCUCAGGCGCAGGAGGGAGCACAGGCCGUUCCGAAAGACAUUCCGUGCCACGAGUGAGGGUGGCACUGACCAGGACACUGGAGGUCCUCGCAACAAGUCUCGAAGUAUCUCGAGUUCCAUCAAAACCCGGUUCAAGCGGGUGUUUGGAUUUUCCAAGAUGCCAGAAGAAUCAGCCUCACAGGCCGACACCAAGUACGCCGAGCCUUCCAAGGCAACACACAUUGCAGCAGGAUCGCAGGAUCGUUCUCGUCGCGAAAGCGAAGAAACGCAGCGCUACAUCGCCCCCAGUCCUUCCCUGGAUAUGCCCUAUGCUCCCAGCUGUGAUAGCAUUUACACUGGCAAGUCUCGAGUUACCAGUUGGGCUGACUCCAGCAUGGCGGACACCGUUACUACCAGGAAACCUGGGCACCGCCGAUCCCUCUCCUAUAUCAGAGAAGAUGGCGACUUGGAUCAGAUGAUGUCUGCAAGCGACAUGAGAGACUCUGGGAGUCAGUUUCCUUUGGGUGUGAGAUCAGAUUCUCGUCGAUUGGGAGUUGUGGACAGCCAUGACCUGUACUCUGCUUUGAUCGAACAAAUGGGUCGAAAUGCUCUUUCAAACCCCAAUGAAGGAAUCGUUUUCGGGUCUAUGCCAGAGCAUUCUGUCAUCCCAGAACGGACUACUUCGGUGUACUCUCAACGCGGUAAACGCAGUGUCCGCCGUGUUCCAAGCGAGGAAUCCUCGACCUCGCUCAAGUCAUUCGCAACAGCACGCGGUGGUGAUCAGUCAAGCCCUCGCACGUAUUGCCCACAUCUGAGCCGAUCUUUUGUUCCUAUGCAGACUUCCUGGGGGAUGACUGUUCAUGCAGCAAGUCAACAUGUCAAAGACAAAUCCCCGCGUUCAAUGUACGCUGCAGGUGAGGGAUCCGAGGAUGACGACGGCAGCAUCAUCAUUGCCCAAUUCGGGGUUUCAAAAAGAGAUGUGAUGUCUCCGAGUGUUUAUUCCCGGUCCACCAGUGGAAAUACUCCUACAAAUGCUGACAGCACUGAUUUACUUGACACGCUAGACUUACACAAUGGACCUGGAACAGCAACAAUCUUUGCUCCACAGCGAACUACUUACAGCUCACCGAAGCGAUCUGCUCGUAUUGCAUCUUCCAGGACUCAUAUCAAGCCCAGUGCUGAUUGGCAGCAAUGGAUAAGCUCCCAAAUUGACAGGAUUGAGCAGGCAAGCCCCACGAGGGAACACGUCAGGGAAGAUGCGCAAUUCCAAGAUGAUGACGAGUACUUUACCAAUUUAGCCCACCAAACCCCCAUUCCUAAACCGGUGCCAACAAGCUUGCUAAAUGAUCCAACCAGCCAGAUUUAUGCCGAACACAAAUCUUCGGCUGAAAUCAGAGUCCCAUCACAAGGCAAUUUCUCCCGUCCUUUCGGGCAAGCUUCCAACAUGGGGACUAUCUUGGCAUCGCAGAAGUUCGAUUCAGGAAACACGGCACAGACUCACUCAAGCACCCCAGCUACUGGUACAGUCGCCAUGUCUAAUGAAAACGCUUCGCCCAAGUCUAGCCAAAUUGCUCAGGAUGAGAUGCUGUCGCCAAUCCGGAUCAGAUCCAGCAACAUGCAGCCCCCAGAGUCCCCAACCCCCGAGCGGACCGGAGCUAAGCGAUCUUGGACUCAAGAGCAGCACCGACGGUACUCUGCCAGGCGUCCACCAAUUGCGCAGGAUGGCAAGCCUGGUCAGUUCCGGUCCAUGCGCAACCAACGAGAUACCCGUGGUAAUAACGAGAAUUUAAAACAUCAACAUGAGUUCAGUGACAUGAUGGAGAACUAUCACCUUCGGGACAUUCACUCUACCAUCUCAAACAAGCGCAUGGUGGAUAUGUUUUUGGAUAGUCGACGCCAUCAGAUGGGUGGAGCAACUGAUUACAAGACAUCAACCGAGGCUUUUAUUUGA